AUGACGGACGCUGCAACGGCCACCACGGCCAGAAAUGCAAGGUCAAGAUCGACAAGUGCGAGUCUCAAGACCUCGCGUUACUCGUUGCCUCGAUCAAAGUCAGGCUCGACCUCUUUGCCGUCGUCGCCUACGACUGGCAAGAGGGGCCUUACUUUCGACGUAACUACCGACAAGUCGAGCGCUACCACCGCUGUGAUCGACGAGGCUACCGCACUUGGGGAUGCUUCGAUGUCUAAGGAGGUUUCGACUGAUGGCGCAAACUGGAUCGACGCUCGCGAGGGAUACCGGCUGAUGGCUAUGCACCUCUGGCAAGCAUUCCGACGCGAGUGUUUAUUCGGCCUCGAUCCAGCAUGCAGCGGCAUGGAAGCUGCAAGCGGUGUUGCGAUUCGAUACGGUAAAGGCCAGUACGUCGUCUGCCCGUCUAACGACCAACGACUCGUCGACUUCUGCCAGUCCGUCGCCGUGCUCAACUGUGAAGCGGCUAUGACACUCACUUCGUCCGUAGUGGCUGCGAUCACAACGCGUCUGGUUGGUUCAAUCACGCAUGUACCCAUCACGCCUUGUCAGCACAUCCAGGUAGUCGAUACCAUGUCUGCACUAGCCGGUGCACGAAAAGCGCAAAACGCUUGUUUCGUCCGAUCCGAACAAACGCUCGUCGUCUGGUCCGACAAGGUGGAAAGCUUGCAAGACAGCGCCAAGGAUCUCGAGGAAAAGAUGAUCCGCUUCGUCUGGAACAGCAGCUACUACAGCAAUGCGAAUAACCUGGUAGUGGCAAGCUCCACUUCGGGUUCUUGCACGCCCGCAUUGGCUUGGCCUACUUCAUCUACGCCGAGCUCAAUGCCGGAUUCAGGCGCCACUUCACCUAUUUCACCAACGUUUUCGUCCAAGACAUCGAUCUCAUCCCUAGCAAACCAGGACCACUUGGACAAGUCGGCUCGCAACCACCGGCCCAGCUAUCAAAAGGAACUCGAUGCGCUCGGACGUCAAGGCAGUUUUCAGAGUAUCGAUGGUCUGGCUGUCAGUGCGGCAAAGGAGCGCGCGGUGUCCGGUGACAUUGCGAGUCUUUCCACUUCGCCCAAAUGUGCUCUGUUGCGAAAAGCAAGCAUUGCGGCUGAUCGCAAAGUCUCAUUCACGGAUCCAGCACCUGAUCCUAUCGGCAUCCCAAAUGAGGAUCAGCGCACGAGCAACGUCGAGACACCAGGCUCGUCUGGCAAGGUGGAAGCGUUGGUUCGGCAAGCUGGCCUUCAGCGCAACAACAGCACGUUUUCGGAGACAAAUACCUCGCAGCUCAGCUCUUCACGCUCUUCGUUGAGCUUGGCCAAUGAAAAGCGCCAGAACGAUAGUGAGACUGGCGAAAGCAUUCGAGACGACUCGGACCGCGAGAAGCAGCACGACGAGUACGAACAGCGACCGUUGAGCUACAUUGCGCCUCUGCAACACGGACUGGCGGUAGCGCUCGACAUACUGAUCUGCUUCUUGUUCAUUUCCAAGCUGUUCGAGCAUGCGCUGCGCGAUGGUGACUGGCGUCGAAUGGCACUGGCACCGAUCACGCUGGUCAUGUUCCCCGUGAUCCUGUUUUUCUGCGACAACAUCAUCGGUAUCAUCAUGCAGCUCGUCGGGCCUGUCAACCAGCUUCACCAGAACUCGCUCUACUUUUCCGGAAAGCCUCCCGUGCGCAAGCUCACCGCCGAUCUGCCGCACAUCACGAUCCAGAUGCCUGUCUACAAGGAGUCGCUCCACGGCGUGCUGAUGCCCACCAUUGAAUCGGUGAAAAAGGCGAUCACAACGUACGAGCUGCAAGGUGGCACUGCCGGUAUCGUCGUCUCUGAAGACGGGAUGCUGUUGAUGGAUAAGCAAGAACAGAACAUCCGCAAGCAGUUUUACGAGCGCAACAACGUUGGCUGGGUUGCUCGACCUGCUCAUGGCCAGGAAGGCUAUUUGCGCAAAGGACGCUUCAAGAAAGCUUCGAAUCUCAACUUUACUUGUCAUCUGUCGAUGGCCGUGGAAGAGAUGAUGAGCAAGGCGAGACCGACCACGUUGGCCGAGUUGGAGCGGUUCCAUUCGGAUCCAGAAUUCGUCGCAUCGACAGAGGAAAGCGCACGCGUAUCCGGCGAGCAGGUCGCAUCGAUCGAGAACAAGGAGCAAGUUGACCAGCAGGCUCAGUCGCAGUCGCAGUCGCAGUCGCAGCGGCUGGGAUCAGACGAUUGGAGCGACGCUGACGAGACCGAACUGUAUCGACAAUGCCUUGAAGCAUGCCUUGCACGCAUGCACAGACUGGCGCAGGCCAAAGGAAACAUUCGAAUCGGACAAUUGAUUCUCAUGAUCGAUUCCGACACUCGAGUUCCGCAAGACUGCCUUCUGGAUGCGGCGACCGAGAUGACGCAGUGUCCCGAUGUGGGUGUCUUACAGCAUUGCUCUGGAGUCAUGCUGGUUUCGGAUAGCUAUUUCGAAACGUGCAUUGCCUUCUUCACGCGACUGGUCAACUUUGCCAUCAGCUUCACUGUGGCCAACGGCGACGUGGCGCCUUUCAUCGGUCACAAUGCGAUCCUGCGCUGGUCGGCGAUGCAGGAAGCUUCUUUCAUCGAUCCCGACGACCAAGUGCGCAAGAUCUGGUCGGAAUCGCACGUCUCAGAAGACUUUGACAUGGCACUUCGACUGCUCAUGGCAGGGUACAUCACGCGGUGGGCCACCUACUCGAACAACGGAUUCGAGGAAGGUGUCUCCUUGACGUGCGAUGACGAGUUGAAUCGUUGGCAAAAGUACGCGUUUGGUUGCUCAGAGUUGGUACUGCACCGUAUCUGGCACUGGCCAUUCAAAGGGCUUUUCACGCCGCUCUUCAAGACGUUUCUCAAGAGUUCGGCACCGAUUCACUACAAGUUCUCAGCCUGCAGCUACAUCUUCAGCUACUAUGCGAUUGGAGCCGCUUUUCCAAUGACGUUUGGCUUGUAUCUGGUCGAAGGGUGGUUCUACCCGGUCCUCGAUCCGUCGUUCAUGACACCGUUCAAGAUCUGGGUCUCAGUAGUUGUCGUCUUCACGUUGGGCGGUAACGUGGGUCAGAUCGCAGCGAGAUAUCGAGCCAAACAGGCAAGUCUGUUGCACUUGAUCAAGGAGCACCUGUCGUGGAUGCCAUGCAUGUUUGUGUUUUUCGGAGGUUUGUCGUACCACGUUGCAACAGCGCUGCUAUCUCAUCCUCUGGGGAUCGAUAUGUCGUGGGGGGCGACCAACAAGGAUUUGGCGGACAGCAACUUUUUCCUAGAGGUGCCGCUCAUCUGGAAGCGAUUCUGCAAGGUGAUUCUGCUGUGCACGCUCUCGAUCGUCUUGGUGGUCAUCAUGCAGAUCCCAGCCAUCGUUCCUCUGAAUUGGUCCAUCCAGGGUUUCUACACCUACUGGCCGCUAUUGCUCACCGCCAUCUCGCAUCUCAUCUAUCCAAUCGUGCUGAAUCCGGCGUUGCUGCGAUUCUCGUUCUAG